CUAACAUCUGAUUCUUGAAUUUCAUUCAUUCAUUGAAUUUCAUUCAAGAAUGGUUAAGAGUUUUGCUUUUAUCAAAAAUUAUGACAUCUUUCUCACUGUCACAAAUUUUAUGUUCUUUAUAUCUGAAUGGUUACCAUGUGACCUGAUGUCAGGCGGUUUCUUCCCCCUCAGGUUUAUAGUUUACUGAGACAGACAGUCAUUUGUCCUUGAGGAACUGGCCAACAUUGAGUCAACAAAUACUGCGUAACUUUGUACAUUUAGUUUUCAGGGUGCUGAUGUGUGUAAAAAAUGACUGCAUCAGAACACUUAAAAAAAAAACUGUUAGAUAACCUUCCUGGAUUCUGAGUUUGGUUUAAAAAGAUUCGUUGAUGUUUGGUUUUUAAUUUUUGGAUAUUAACUGAACCUCAAAAUUUUUUUCUUCCUUUAUAUGUAUUCCCACAUGAUUGUAGGAGUCUAUCCUGAAUUUAGAUCGUGUACAUUUUGGGAACUUAUUUUAGAAAAGAUCUAAGUUUUAAAAAUUCUCAAUGGACAGACAGAGAAAAGAGGGUCUUUGCCAACUACUUUGGACCGCUGCAGUAAGAAUGUCUUUUCCCCCUCAUUUGAAUCGCCCUCCCAUGGGAAUCCCAGCACUCCCACCAGGGAUUCCACCCCCACAGUUUCCUGGUUUUCCUCCACCUGUACCUCCAGGGACCCCAAUGAUUCCUGUACCAAUGAGCAUUAUGGCUCCUGCUCCAACUGUUUUAGUACCCACUGUGUCCAUGGUUGGAAAGCAUUUGGGAGCAAGAAAGGAUCAUCCAGGCUUAAAGGCUAAAGAAAAUGAUGAAAAUUGUGGUCCCACUACUACAGUUUUUGUUGGCAACAUUUCUGAGAAAGCUUCAGACAUGCUUAUAAGACAGCUCCUUGCUAAAUGUGGCUUGGUUUUGAGUUGGAAGCGAGUACAAGGUGCAUCUGGGAAACUUCAAGCCUUUGGCUUCUGUGAGUAUAAGGAACCUGAAUCUACCCUCCGUGCGCUCAGGUUACUGCAUGACCUGCAGAUUGGAGAGAAGAAACUACUUGUUAAAGUUGAUGCAAAGACAAAGGCACAACUGGAUGAAUGGAAAGCAAAAAAGAAAGCUUCUAAUGGGAAUGCAAGGCCAGAAACUGUCACUAAUGAUGAUGAAGAAGCCUUAGAUGAAGAGACAAAGAGAAGAGAUCAGAUGAUCAAAGGGGCCAUUGAAGUUUUAAUUCGAGAAUACUCCAGUGAGCUCAAUGCCCCCUCACAAGAAUCUGACUCUCACCCCAGGAAGAAGAAGAAGGAAAAGAAGGAGGACAUUUUCCGUAGAUUUCCAGUGGCCCCACUGAUCCCUUAUCCACUCAUCACUAAGGAGGAUAUAAAUGCUAUAGAAAUGGAAGAAGACAAAAGAGAUCUGAUAUCCCGAGAGAUCAGCAAAUUCAGAGACACACACAAGAAACUGGAAGAAGAGAAAGGCAAAAAGGAAAAAGAAAGACAGGAAAUUGAGAAAGAACGGAGAGAAAGAGAGAGGGAGCGUGAAAGGGAACGAGAAAGGCGAGAACGGGAACGAGAAAGGGAAAGAGAACGUGAACGAGAAAAGGAGAAGGAACGGGAGCGGGAACGAGAACGGGAUAGGGAUCGUGACCGCACUAAAGAGAGAGAUCGGGACCGAGACCGCGAGAGAGACCGGGACCGCGAUCGGGAAAGGAGCUCGGAUCGGAAUAAGGACAGGAGUCGAUCAAGAGAAAAGAGCAGAGAUCGUGAAAGGGAACGGGAGCGGGAAAGAGAGAGAGAGAGAGAACGGGAACGAGAAAGAGAACGAGAGCGCGAGAGAGAGCGAGAAAGGGAACGGGAACGAGAGAGAGAGAAAGACAAGAAGCGGGACCGAGAAGAGGAUGAAGAGGAUGCUUAUGAACGAAGAAAACUUGAAAGAAAACUCCGUGAGAAAGAAGCUGCUUACCAAGAGCGCCUUAAGAAUUGGGAAAUCAGAGAACGGAAGAAAACCCGGGAGUAUGAGAAGGAGGCCGAAAGAGAAGAAGAAAGAAGAAGAGAAAUGGCAAAAGAAGCUAAACGACUAAAAGAAUUCUUAGAAGAUUAUGAUGAUGAUAGAGAUGAUCCCAAAUAUUACAGAGGAAGCGCUCUUCAGAAAAGAUUGCGUGAUAGGGAAAAGGAAAUGGAAGCAGAUGAACGGGACAGGAAAAGAGAGAAGGAAGAGCUAGAGGAAAUCAGGCAGCGCCUUCUGGCUGAAGGACACCCAGAUCCAGACGCAGAGCUCCAGAGGAUGGAACAAGAGGCUGAAAGGCGCAGACAACCACAAAUAAAGCAAGAACCAGAAUCAGAGGAAGAGGAAGAAGAAAAGCAAGAAAAAGAAGAAAAACGAGAGGAACCCAUGGAAGAGGAAGAAGAGCCAGAGCAAAAGCCCUGUCUCAAACCAACUCUGAGGCCCAUCAGUUCUGCCCCAUCUGUUUCCUCUGCCAGUGGCAAUGCCACUCCCAACACUCCUGGGGAUGAGUCUCCUUGUGGUAUUAUUAUUCCUCAUGAAAAUUCACCAGAUCAACAGCAACCUGAGGAACAUAGGCCAAAAAUAGGACUAAGUCUUAAACUGGGUGCUUCCAAUAGUCCUGGUCAACCUAACUCUGUGAAGAGAAAGAAACUCCCUGUAGAUAGUGUCUUUAACAAAUUUGAGGAUGAAGACAGUGAUGAUGUACCCCGAAAACGGAAACUGGUUCCCUUGGAUUAUGGUGAAGAUGAUAAAAAUGCUGCCAAAGGCACCGUAAACACUGAAGAAAAGCGCAAACACAUCAAGAGCCUCAUUGAGAAAAUCCCUACAGCCAAACCUGAGCUCUUUGCUUAUCCCCUGGAUUGGUCUAUUGUGGAUUCUAUAUUGAUGGAACGACGGAUUAGACCAUGGAUUAAUAAGAAAAUUAUAGAAUACAUAGGUGAAGAGGAAGCUACAUUAGUUGAUUUUGUUUGUUCUAAGGUAAUGGCUCAUAGUUCACCUCAGAGCAUUUUAGAUGAUGUUGCCAUGGUACUUGAUGAAGAAGCAGAAGUUUUUAUAGUCAAAAUGUGGAGAUUAUUGAUAUAUGAAACAGAAGCCAAGAAAAUUGGUCUUGUGAAGUAAAACUUUUUACAUUUAGAGUUCCGUUUCAGAUUGCUUCUUCUUUCCCACCCUUCAGAGGACUUUGACUUUUUCUUUGUCUUCAAAGACGUUUGUGAGAUCUGUAAUUUUUUUUUUCAAUGUAGAAAAUGUGAAUUUUUUUGUCCUCUAAUUUGUUGAUGCCCUGUGUACUCCCUUGGUUGUAAAGACAUCUGAAUCCUACCUUGGUUCUCUUUAUACUCACCAGGUACAAAUUACUGGUAUGUUUUAUAAGCCGCAGCUACUGUACACAGCCUAUCUGAUAUAAUCUUGUUCUGCUGAUUUAUUUCUUGUAAAUAUUAAAAUGACUCCCCAAUUCUUUUGCAGAAUUGCACUUAAUGUUGAACUGUACUGUAUAGGAACCUACAUGGAUGAUUUUAAUUGAAAGAAUACCCACCAUACCUAUUACCUUUCCCACCCCUUGAUCAAAAAUGGCAAGCCCUCCUGAAGGCAUGGAAUUUAAAAUUAGAGUGCUAAGAUUAGCAGACAAUCCAUUCCUACUGUAUCUCUGUAUGAAUGUGUUUGUGUGAAUGUGUAUAAAUGUCUUACUUUUCCCUAAUUUUCUUUGGAGGGCUCCCUUAAACAUUUCCUUAUUGAAGAGUAGAAUUCUAAAGGAAACGUGGUAUUAUGCCAAGCCAAAUGUCUGGGAUAAUUAGGUUAUUAGUGUCCCAGAGCAUGGUAUUCUCUUGUGGCCAGCAACAGUUUGGUGAAUGGAAUGGGGCUUUCCUGUUGAUAGCUGGCUGCUUCAGCCUGUCUUUUUUAAGGGAACGUGAAUCAUAAUGGUUUUCCCCUUAAUUUCAUUGUUCAGAAAUGAGGCAGAUCCUUACAUUCUGGAGAACGUUAUUUGAUGCAUUUUUGCACUAAUUGGUCCUUAGCUUUAUUUUGGUGUAUUCUUUUGUUUAAAACAAAACAAAACAAAACAAAACAAAACAAAACAAAACCCCUUAAUCUGCAAAGCAUAGAUGAAAAAAAUCAUUUUUAAAAACAAAAGGUAAAAUUAGGUAAUUUUACAGACUAGGAAAAUCUGGAAAAAAGACCAACAGGAAUUGAGCAUGGCAGUUUGCAAAGUUUACAUCUUAUUUUUAAGAGUGUAAAGUAAAUCAUUUAUGGCAGUUACCACUAAUUUUUUGUUUUCACUUUUGUAAAGGUUUAUAUCUUAUGAGUGUAUAUGCACGCACACACCUCGUUUACCUCUGCUCACCAAUGUUUAAAAAAUAUACUGAUGGUGUUCUUAGAGACAUAUUAUGGGGCUUUCUUUAUUGUAGAACAGAAUUUCACCAGGGAGCAAAAUUACCUGAAAAUGUAACAGGUUUUAAACAGUUCUUAACACAAAUUAGGUGCAGUUAUUCCCAUGUCUGAGUAUUUAUUUAAAAGAAAGAUAAAAAUUGGGGGUAGUGGGGUUUGUUAUAAAAGCAUAACUGAGCUUGAGUUACUAGAUUUUUUUUUUUUUACAUCUUAAAAGGAAUUUGAAACACUGUUCUUAACAUUGAACCUUGAGGUGGUUCCAUUAUGUACAUAUUUCCAAUAUUAAAACUGUAUAUAUUUGAUCUUGGGGACCCAUUCUUUCAGAGUCUUGUUAAAUAAAUGGCAUCAUGUUGUAA